AAUCCAAGUUUUACAUUGAAAUAUGUAAGAAAAAUCUUUAAAAAUCUUCUUCUCAAGAACCACUAGGCCAGAAAAGCUGAAACUUAUGUGGAAGCAUCCUGGGGUAGUGGAGAUUCUAAAUUGUUAAAAUCAUGACCCCCAGGGGUAGGGCGGGGCCACAAUAGGGAAUCCAAGUUUAACAUUGAAAUAUGUAAGAAAAAUCUUUAAAAAUCUUCUUCUCAAGAACCACUAGGCCAGAAAAGCUGAAACUUAUGUGGAAGCAUCCUGGGGUAGUGGAGAUUCUAAAUUGUUAAAAUCAUGACCCCCAGGGGUAGGGCGGGGCCACAAUAGGGAAUCCAAGUUUAACAUUGAAAUAUGUAAGAAAAAUCUUUAAAAAUCUUCUUCUCAAGAACCACUGGGCAAGAAAACCUGAAACUUAUGUGGAAGCAUCCUGGGGUAGUGUAGAUUCUAAAUUGUUAAAAUCAUGACCCCCGGGGGUAGGGCGGGGCCACAAUAGGGAAUCCAAGUUUUACCUUGAAAUAUAUAAGAAAAAUCUUUAAAAAUCUUCUUCUCAAGAACCACUGGGCAAGAAAAGCUGAAACUUAUGUGGAAGCAUCCUGGGGUAGUGUAGAUUCUAAAUUGUUAAAAUCACGACCCCCAGGGGUAGGGCGGGGCCACAAUAGGGAAUCAAAGUUUUACAUUGAAAUAUAUAAGAAAAAUCUUUAAAAAUCUUCUUCUCAAGAACCACUGGGCAAGAAAAGCUGAAACUUAUGUGGAAGCAUCCUGGGGUAGUGGAGAUUCUAAAUAGUUAAAAUCAUGACCCCCGGGGAUAGGGCAGGGCCACAAUAGGGAAUCCAAGUUUAACAUUGAAAUAUAUAAGAAAAAUCUUUAAAAAUCUUCUUCUCAAGAACAACUGGGCCAGAAAAACUGAAACUUAUGUGAAAGCAUCCUGGGGUAGUGGAGAUGCUAAAUUGUAAAAAUUAUGACCCCUGGGGGUAGGGCGGGGCCACAAUAAGUAUUACAAGUUUUACAUUGAAAUAUGUAAGAAAUAUCUUUAAAAAUCUUCUUCUCAAGAACAACUGGGCCAGAAAAACUGAAACUUAUGUGGAAGCAUCCUGGGAUAGUGUAGAUUUUAAAUUCUUAAAAUCAUGACCCCCGGGGGUAGGGCGGGGCCAAAAUAAGUAUUACAAGGGGGAAAUCUGGUAAAGAACAGCAUGGCCAAAGUUACUCAGGUGAGCGAUGUGGCCCAUGGGCCUCUUGUUUAAUAUGUCUUUUUAAAUUUAUUGAUCAUUAAAAGUUGUUAAAUAUUGA